AUGGCAGCAUCGGGCGAUUGGCUGGACGCUUGGGACGACUGUUUCAACUUCUUCGGAGGCAAGAGCCCGUACCACACGACGCGGUAUACCAAGUUGUCGCACUUUACGAGGAACCAGCGCGUCGGCUGGAAGCUGUUGUGCGCGCUUGGCAUAUUUAUCGGCUGUGUCUUUUUCCAGUGUUUGGGGUUAGCGUGGGAGGGUGAAUUUAGUGAUGGGCGACAACAGACGCCACCGCUGCUCUUGUUCGGGCCAAUGUCGGCCUUAUUUUCCGUCAUCGCCAUGUGGAUCGCAGCUGUGCAUCUGUAUCAGCCGACGUUCAAUGGACCUCGGAUUCUGCUGCACUACCGACGGCCGUCUGCGUGCUCAUGGGAGAUGCUCGACUGGGUCUUCUGCGAGGGGUCCACUACCUCUGCCGUCGUGGCAUUCAUCUUCUUUUGGGUCGUGACAUUGCCGUACUCGCACAUAUCACUGCCGGGUCUUCACGUGCUCGGGAACGUGCUGCAUCUGGCAAUCGUGGGCGUGGACUUUUACUUCACGGCGCCGCAGUUCAAAGCCAACCACGUGUUUCUGGUGCUCAUGUGGCCGGUGUUCUGGAUCUUUACCCAGUUCUUGUGGGUCAUCAGCGGACACCAGCCGAGCAACGAAAUGUUCAACUUUCACUCGACGGCUUCGCCCGUGUCGACGUUCCUGCUCUUUGCAGGCACAGUGCUGGUGUUCUACCUCUUGGCCUGGUGCUCGAGACACCUGCACCGCACUUCGGAUCGAUCUGGCCAGGACGCUGUCGCCUGUGGUGGUAUACACUCGGCCAAAAGCUCGAGCAUUUCGACGCCAAGUUACGACAAGCCCGUGACAGUACCCUUCGGUCUCGUCAUGGACUUUCCACCCGACACGUGCUCCCCGUUCGACCCAAAGGCGUCAUCAUCGCUGCAAACAGCAGUGUGA